CUCAAUUUCGCCGUCUAUCCGCUAAUAAAACAUUCGAGCAUGGAAGGACGCUGCCAGUGCGGUGCUGUCCGCUUUAUUGCGCCCCUCGACCGGCCCUUGAAAUGGUAUAUCUGCCACUGUCUGGAGUGCCGGCGUCAAAGCGCGUCCGCUUUCGGCAUAACAGCAAUAUUCCCGGCAUUUGAUAUUACGGCGAAGGCCGACACGGGAGCUGAUGACAUCGGGGUGUAUACGCACGAGAACACGACCUCGGGCCGGAUGAAGCGAUGCUACUUCUGCAAGAAAUGUGGCACGCGGCUUAUGCACGGGGGAGGGGACUUCGUCGCGGUCAAGGGUGGGUGUCUUGAGGGCAUCGAUCAAGAAUGCCUUGAGGGAGCGGCGCAUAUUUGGACAAAAAGGGCCUUGUUUCCCAUCCCGGAGGGCGUGGAGAGUUAUCCUGAGGAGCCGCCUAAGCCUGAAAAGAAGCAGUGGAGGGAGGGAUCAUGAGCAGAAGAGUACCGAGUACAGCUUUGGUGCAUGGGGCAACGUUGGCGCUGACUCAACUGCUUCUGGGACUGGAAGUGACGAGAUCGGAUCGAGACCGGAUCGUUCACUCGUUUCCCGCAGCACUAUGGCAUUUUGGAUGCUCAAGAGACCCAGCCAUUCCGUCAGUCAGGGUAUAUAGCUGGGGUCCGUCGGCUGUGUCGGCCAGAAGUCAGCGUGCGAAACCGCCUCCAUCAUGAACCUAGAUGUCAACUCUGAUCUUCCACGGCCAAAUUUUGGGUUGUUCAAAAUGCCAGAAGCAUUUGCAUUUCGUACAGUCGUUCGUGC